AUGGUGAAAUCGAAGUCACACUUCGUUACGCUCUACCUUUCCUUCUUCUACUGCUACGGUACAGCUAGCAGUUUAAAACUCGGCUCGGUUCCCGGCCUCCUCCCUCGUGAACAAAUAUGUGCCAAAGCAGGCUUCAAACAAUGUGGAAAUCCUAAUGUUCCUAAAAACUUCUGCUGUUCAGAAAACUCGGACUGCUUGGUUAUCGAUAAUGCAAGCACGGUCAUCUGCUGCCCCAAGGGAGCUGACUGCAAAACCAUCCGGCCAAUAACGUGUGAUGUUCAACUGCAAAACGUCGCAGUAGAUCCAGGUAGCUCCAUCAAAACCACUAAAUUGACGGGAGAUCUUCCGAAAUGCGGUAGCAUGUGCUGUCCACAUGGCUAUGCUUGCCAGGAUCAGAGCUGUGUGCUCGUUAAUACGUCUUCGGAGCCUGUCCGCUCACCAGAACCCGCUCCUUCGGCAUCAAUAUCAAUUUCUCCAACGACUGCCCCAUCCUUUACAUCUAAACCUACAUCAACAGCGGACCCAGCGACUUCACCCACCGCAGAGCAGUGCAGUAAAUUCCCGCCCGGCGCAAUUGCAGUGGGAUUCGUCCCUGGAAUUGUCUGUGGAAUCAUAAUUAGCGUAAUAUUCACGUGUCUGAGAAGAAAAUCGGCCGAAAAACCUCAAUCUCUGCAUCCUGAUGCUGGGCAUUACCGACAAAAGUCCGUGGACGGUACCGUGAUCUCUAUAUCGGACCCCAUGCCAUCUAGCGCACAGGAUUCCUUUAGAACGGACUUCCUACGACAACAAGCAAGUUACCACGGGUCAAACAAGUUCGACAACCGUCGGUCACGCAUCCAACGCACAAGUGACCGAGUCAAGAGCCUCUUUGCACCAAAGUUUUCUGUCAUAACUGACCCACCUCCGUCUGAAGUUCCACCGAUGCCGGUAACUCCCCAAAAUAAGGCAUUUCCACAACGAGCUUCAAGCACAGAAAGCAUCAAGGUAUACAGCCCAGUGUACCUGGGAGAUGAGAAUCGAUUGAAGCCUUCCAUUGGUUUAACUGCAUCUGGAAGACCACCAACCACCUUCACCGAAAUGAUGGAGCGGGUUGGGUUUCAAAAUGGCAGAGGAAGUCCGUGCUACCACGUUUCGAAUACACCGCCACCGCCAAUCUCGAAAACUUCCACAGGCAGCCCUUUAAAGCAGAUAUAG